UGGCUCCACUAGCAUGAAUUUUAAAUUGUGGGUCGCGGUCGGCCAACUUUGCCCGUCUGAUUUCCCGUUUUCCUCUGUUUUGUCGACUCUUCUGUCCCUAAAAGGAACUCAAUGGAUGCCAGAUCGGACGAGGACUGUUGUGCAGACGAGUUCUUCCGCCGUUUGCAGGGGCUGAGGUCAGAAGGUCAUCUUACGGACGUGACGCUGUGUGCCGAAGGCAAGGAGAUCCCCUGUCACCGAUUGGUCCUCUCAGCCUGCUCCGACUACUUCCACGCCAUGUUCGGCGGAGCCCACAGCGAGAGCAAAAAGGAGAAAAUAGAGAUAGGAGGAGUGACCGCGGAGGCACUACAGUUGUUGGUGGACUUCGCUUACACGCCAAAGUUCAACAUCACCUUGGAUAACGUGUACCACCAGUUUGAAGCAGCCAACAUGCUGCAAGUCAAGCCUAUUGAAGAUGCCUGUGAAAAGUUUCUCAUCAACAACUUGAGUCCAGACAUGUGUUUGGGAACGUGGACUUUAGCAGACAAGCUGUCGUGUAUGAAACUGUCUGCUGUAGCAAGACGCUUUGCUCUGAAGAAUUUUGAAGAAGUCUGCGCUACUGAGGAGUUUCUUCAGCUUCCUGUAGAUUUUCUCAAGACGUACAUCUCAGAUCGGGGCCUUCAUGCUAAGAAGGAGACACAAGUGUUGGGAGCAAUCAUGUUAUGGACAAGGCAUGAUCUCAAGCAUCGAAAGAUGCAUCUCAAGGAACUGCUGGGGUUUGUAUGUUUCUCAAGAAUGGACCAAGACUUCCUCAAGAAUGUCCUGGAGACAGACGAGGUCUUAAGAGGAGUCCCAGGUAUCAGGGGACUGAUCAAGGAUCAAUCUAGACAUGGAAAACCCCGACACAUUCAAGAAGUCGAUAUUCUACUCCUUGGUGGGAUCACGGGGGGAUACGACCCACGAAUAGUAAACCAUGAUAUGUAUAGACUUGAUCUUCAUGGUGAUACUAUAGACAAGGCACCAUUGCCACAGGCUCUUCAGUUCACUGAAGGGAGUGCAGCAGCUUGCGCUCUUGGCAAUGAUGUAAUAGUGACGUCCAAGUCUCAAGCAUGGCGGUACAAGACAUCUCUGAAUUCUUGGACUCAGCUGGGGUCUCUGAAAAGGGGAAGACGAAAUCAUGGCAUGGCGGUUCUUAACGGGAAGGUGUAUGUUGUCGGCGGUGAUGAUAACCUUGGCUCGUUAUUUGAUGUUGAGGCGUACAGCGAGAAGACCAACAAGUGGACAAAGGUAGCGCCACUCAUGUUCGCUGUCAGCCAUUUUGGCAUAGCUACCUGCGGUAAGAAGCUCUACGUAUUCGGUGGCUAUUGGCCGGGCCUCUAUGGACGAAUUGAUGAAGCGCAGUGCUAUGAUUCCACCCAAAAGAAGUGGGAUUCAGCAGCGACAUUGCCGUACGCAGUGUCACACGUAAAAGCGUGCACUAUCAACUCCAAGAUCUACUUGGUAGGCGGAGAGUUAGACUGCGUCCUCUGCUACCAUCCACAGGAAGAAUAUUACGAGGAGAUGGCUAGAAGGCUGGGGAGUUGGCGAUCGUGGAGUGAGUGUAGUGCCACAGUGUGUGGUUCGGAGAUCUACAUUACUGGUGGCUGGAAUCGUAUCACUAUUGGUUUUGACGUUAAACCCUUCUCCACUGUUCAGUGUUAUGAUGUGAUCAGUGACACCAUGAUCAUGGGUAAAGGUUUGCCUAUACCAGUCUAUGGACACCACACUGUGACAGUAUCCAAACAUUGAGUUAGUUCCAUCUUAGCUGACUCUGCCGUUGAAUUGGAAGAUACCAUACAGUACCUUGGACUGGUCUGGUUUUUCUGUACCGGUUCAACAAGAAAAAACAGUUUUGUAUAGAGCUGUGUACCAGCACAGUGUACCGAUACAGUAUAGGUACAA